UCGACUAAUAUUUUCAUGUCAUCGGUAUUGACAGAAACCGAGGGAAUUGUCGCCAUGAGAUCAAUCUUCGUCACAAUUUUGAUAUUGGGCCUUGCAGCCGUCAAUGUCAAUGGAAUAUGUCGGAUGACGCGGCGUGCAAAUGCAUUCUACGUCAAAGGACGCGACAUUGACAACUUCAUAACUGGGUCUGAAGGAAGAUGUUCCGACGCAUGCGCAACUAAUCGUUUGUGUGUUGCUGCCACCUAUCGAACUUCUGACGGCCGGUGUUGGCGACACAGUACCUUGAGGAGAACUGGCUCGGGAAGAGGAUGGGUUGCUUUAAAGAAAGACGCAAGUUGCGUCAAGCCGCUCAGUGGGACAGUAAAAUACGGGUACCAAAAGGUGGACAGCGUGGCCCUUAAGAUGAAGCUUCAAGAGAUCGCAAACUUUUUCAAAACCACGGUGACCGUCACGAGUGGAAGACGCAGUGGUUUUGAUCCCUAUCAUAAGAAAGGUCAAGCUGCAGACAUCUUGGUCAAGGGCGUUGGAACUAAAAAGGCAUGGGAUCGCCUCAGAAAAAGUGGCAUUCUGGACAAAGAGUAUUACGUCAUGUACCACGCACCAGGGUCAAGGUCAUGUUCCACAGGCACGCACGUUCAUAUAGCCCGUUACAACAGGGAAUGGAAUUCUGGCAAAAAUACGUGCUGGAUAAUUGAGGGCACAACCACUGCUAACAAAUGCCUGUCGUAUGGACAACACAAAUGUCUGUGAGAAGAGAAGGUGCUUGACUAUUUACAUUCACGAAAGAGAGGGAUGCAAGUGUCUCCUUAAGUUUGUCAGAUUUUACCAUUUUACAUUGCUUUGAUGUACAUUUAGAAAAACAUGCAUCGGGAAUAAAGUGAUGU